AUGGAAGUGUAACCCGUUCAAACAGAAACCAUUCUCUUAACUGGUGGCUUGGGCUUUAUUGGCUCCCACACAUGCGUUGAAUUAUACAAAUACAUAACUGAAAAAAAUUUGACAUAAAACGUUCACUACAAGAUAGCUAUCCUUGAUAACUUAUCAAACUGCAUGCCCUCAGUAGAAAAUAAAAUUCGCACUAUUUUAAAAGAAAGUUAUCCUGAAGUUGAUGAAAAAGAAUUCUUCAGUUUCCACAACAUCGAUGUCCUUGACUUAGAUGCUCUUAAUAAAAUGUUCCAAAGCUUCGCAGAUAAAAGAGAAAACGUUAAUUUUAUUAUCCACUUUGCUGGUAAGAAGGCAGUUGGCGAAAGUGUUAAGAAUCCUAUCUUAUACUUCGAAAAUAAUGUUUGCGGAACCUUGAAUCUCAUGAAAAUGGUUGAAAAAUUCCAAAUUAAGAACUUUAUCUUCUCCUCCACUGCCACAGUCUAUGGAGAGACUGAUAAUUGUGAUGAAGACAACCUCUUAAACCCCCUAUAAAGCUAUGCUUAAACAAAGACAUGCUGUGAAUUUUUGAUGAAGGCUAUGUGUGCUGCUCACCCUUCAGUAAGAAUGGUUUGUUUACGUUACUUUAACCCUGCUGGUGCACACUCUUCUGGUUUGAUUGGAGAUUCUCCAUCUGUCUAUCCUAACAACUUAUUCCCCUUCCUUGAAUAGGUGGUUAUUGGAAAAAGGUAAAUUUAUUUAAAAUCAUUUUUUCAGUCAUAUAAAUAUGUAAUAAAUUAUAAAAUAGAGAAAAGCUAUACAUUUUUGGUAAUGACUAUAACACCUACGAUGGAACUGGUGUAAGAGACUUUAUUCAUGUUGUAGAUUUAGCUUGUGCCCAUAUUUCUGCCAUAGAUUAUUUGUCUAAGCUUAAUGAUACCAAGAACUUUGAAGCCAUCAACAUCGGUACCGGUUCUGGUAUCAGUGUCUUAGAUACUGUUACUACUUACUCUAAGGUUAUUGGCAGAUAAAUCCCAUACGAAUUCACUAAAAGAAGAGAUGGUGAUGUUGGUCAACUUGUUGCUAAAGCAGAAAAGGCUUCAAAAAUUUUAAAUUGGAAGGCUGUAAAGACUUUAGAAGAUAUUUGCAGAGACUCCUAUAACUUUAUCUAAAAAAAUCCUAACGGAAUUUUAUGAAAUAAAAUACCAUAUUUAUAUUAUACUUGUAUCAAAAUUUGCCUUAAAAAAUAUUACAUUCAUUCAAUCAUUCAUUCAUUUAAAAAUCACAAUAUAUCCUUCAAAGUGUAUUGAAUUAAUGUGUAAUUUACAUUGCAAUUAGAAUAAAUUUUUUAUAUUUCUAAUAAUGAUAGUUUACAUUUAUUUAAAUACCUUUAUAGAUUAAUUUUAGAUAAAUAAUUAAUUAAUUAUUAACAUUAAAUAUUAAGUAAAUAACAAAUUUUUAAAAUAAUUAAAAAGUUCAGAUGAUAAACUUAAUUAUAAAACGCAGUUAAUAUUUUAAUUUAUGAUAAUUGAAUAAUAUUUCUCAUCAAAAAAUUAUUUUUAGUUUUAAUUUUAAUAGUGA